CGAGAGAGUGCGCCAAUUUAUUUUACACGUAACUGACAGGAAAGAGAAAACAAAACGAAGAGCGAACCGUGUAAUGUGAUUUAAUAUCAGUUUUUGGAUUAAAACUUGGCGUGAUGAAAUCAGUAUUUCCCCAAUGACAUCUAGAACAACCAUAUUUGUUUCUGAUCGUUGUUUCAAGUCCAACAACACCCUUGGACGCACUUAAAAGAGAUAUCUAAAUGUUUUCUCUCUUAUAAGAAGACUUGAGACAUACCCUGAAUAGCCAGGCACAGAAAAAAUGACUUGGAAUCCAAGGAAGAAGAAUUAUCUGACUGUAAGGCCAACUCCAGCACCUCCACUGAUAUCACCCAAUGAUGAUCGAGAUCUGGAUAUUGCAGUACAAAGAUUAAGCCAUGUUGAGGGAACUAUUCGGAAACUGACCAAAGAAGCAAAACGAUACGUUGAAGCCAUAAUAAAUUUAGACCGCGUGGAUCAGCGAUUAUCAUCGAACCUGGGUACAAGUGGUCUAGCGCAUCUCUCGGAUGACUUCCGAAGAAUAGUGGAGGAUUAUCACUCGGUAAUGAGUCAAGUUGGCAAAACGGUUCAGGAUUUUUCGGUUCUCAUUGGUAAAACAUUCAUAGAGCCGCUAAAAAAACUUAGGGAUGAGUUUGCUUUGGUUGCUGAUGCCCUUGUGAAGAGAGAGGAAUUGGUAGGGAUUUGGAAAGGCUGGUAUACCAGAAUAAAGAAAUUCCAAGAGAAGAAGGACAGAACUGCGAGUCAUAUAGCGAAAUUAGAGCGUGAGAGGAGAAGCGAGGAAAUUGCGGCUAGGGAAUUAAAACUCAUUCACUCUCGAUUGCUCAUUGAACUUCCUUGGUUCCUCGAAAAACGCUUAGAGUACAUAAAACCCAGUGUACAUGCUCUUAUUCUUAAUCAGUUAGAUUAUUAUGGGAACACUACUAAAUUAUUUACUCAGCUGAUGCCUGUUUAUAAUCCAUCGCAUUCCCCAUCGUCUGCAGUCAUAUCGGAUGAAGAAUAUUAUGGUAAAAUUAAUAAAGAAAUGCUUAGAAUAAGAGGGUUAACAAUUGUAAAACCGUGAUAAUGAAUUUAAUAAUGGAAGAAUGUAUGUACUACAUGAUAAUAACAUUGUGAAAAUAAAUUGUACUCGUAAAUUAAAUAUAAUUAGUAUAAAUGUAGUUUUUUUGUACCGAUAUGGAUCACAAAUGGGUAUACUGCUCUAUGCCCGCAGAGUUUAUUGCCCCUGACGGUUUUUAUUAUUUACUUAUUAAUCAAGUUUUUUCAAGUUUUCGAUUCGGUUAAUAAUAUCUUUCAUUCGUCAAUUAUUAUGAUUAGAUGAUAGAGCUAAAGUUUAAUUUGGAAAUGGCAUU